AUGAAAGACGUAACCAAUAUAUCAUCGUAUGACUCCACAAACUUGGUGUUUUACGUGAAUGGAAAACGCGUCGAGGAGAAGGAUGUGGACCCAAAAAUGACAUUGGUCGCGUAUUUGAGAGAUAUAUUAAAGCUAACGGGAACGAAAAUCGGAUGCAAUGAAGGAGGAUGUGGUGCAUGUACGAUUAUGGUCAGUCACAUAGAGAAUGGAGAAAUCAAACAUUUCUCUGCCAACUCCUGUCUCAUGCCAAUCUGUGGUGUGUUCGGAAAAGCUGUGACUACUGUAGAAGGAAUCGGAAGUGUCGCUAAGAAUCGUCUUCAUCCGGUUCAGGAGCGAUUGGCAAAGGCCCACGGUUCUCAAUGCGGUUUCUGCACUCCCGGCUUUGUGAUGGCCAUGUACGCUCUAUUGCGAAACAAUCCGAAUCCUACUGUAGCCGACAUCAAUUUGGGUCUACAGGGAAAUCUGUGCAGAUGCACAGGUUAUCGUCCGAUUCUCGAGGCGUUCUACAGUUUUGCUGUGGAUGAGAAUGGAACGUUGAAGGUUUCCGAAGACAACACCUGUGGUAUGGGUGAGAACUGCUGCAAGAAUAAAAAAUCCAAUGGAGCAUCCUGCGGUGGUUCAGAAGACGUUACUCCUGGAUACACUGGGGGAGAAAGGAAACGUAAAAUCCAACUCAGCGACUUGUCAGACUGCAAACCUUACGAUCCAACUCAGGAACUCAUUUUCCCGCCAGAACUCAAACUCCAUGGAUACGAAACCAUGUCAUUUGCUUACGACCAUCACCAUACAAAAUGGUACCAGCCUGUGGAGUAUGACGACCUCCUCUCUUUGAAACGAGAACUCCCUCAUGCUCGCUUGAUCUCUGGAAAUUCCGAGUUGGCAAUCGAAUUGAAAUUCCGGUUCAUUGACCUUCCAGCAGUGAUAAAUCCCCGCCAAGUUCGAAAAUUGCAUGAGAGGCAUUUGGAAGAAAAUGGAGUCUAUAUGGGUACAGGAAUGUCGUUGACUGAUAUGGAUAAUUAUGCGGUGCAGUUAGUAAAGGAGCUUCCAAAAGACCAAACGGGAGUGCUGAAACAUGUGCAUGAGAUGCUUCAUUGGUUUGCCGGUAUUCAUGUUAGAAAUGUUGCAUCCGUCGCUGGAAACAUCGCAACCGCUUCCCCAAUCUCCGACUUGAACCCCAUCUGGAUGGCCUCCAAUGCCCAAGUGGUCCUCGACUCCGAAGCCCGUGGCGAGAAAAAAGUUCACAUCGAUGAGAAAUUUUUCUUGGGCUACAGAAAAACCGUCAUUCAACCCGACGAAAUCAUCAAGGCAGUUAUUGUCCCAUUGCUCACCAAAAAUGAGCAUUUUGCGGCUUACAAGCAGGCUCAACGUAGAGAAGAUGACAUUGCAAUUGUAACCGGAGCAUUUUUGGUGGACCUGGACCCUGAGAGUUCGAUUGUGAAGAGCAUCAGAAUCUCCUAUGGAGGUAUGGCUCCAACCACUAAACUCGCAUUGAGCACAAUGGAGAAGUUGAAGGGAUUGAAAUGGUCUCAAGAGUUUUUGGAUAAGGCUUUGGGACUGCUCAGUGACGAGUUGAAGCUACCGGCUGGUGUACCUGGAGGAAUGUCGCAGUACCGAUUGUCCUUGGCUCUGUCAUUCUUCUUUAAAUUCUUCCUGGAAGUUUCUAAGAAAUUGAACUUGACUGAGAUUCAGUACUUGGAGGAGGAUAUGAAAAUUGGGCAAGAUGUCCCAGAGACUUUGUAUGCGACACAGUUGUACCAGGAAGUGAACGCCAACCAACCAGCCCACGAUCCUCUGGGCCGUCCCAUCAAACACGUGUCCGGUGACAAACACACCACUGGAGAAGCCGUCUAUUGUGACGAUAUCAAUGUAGCCGACUGCCAACACAUUGCAUUUGUCCUCUCUCCGAUUGCUCAUGGAACUCUCAACUCUAUCGACUACACAGCAGCAUUGGAGCUAGAUGGUGUGAUUGGCUAUCUUGAUGCUUCAGAUGUGACUACUGGAGCUCAAAUGGGACAUCACAGUGAUACACCAGUCUUUGUUAAAGAUAAGAUCACAUUCCAUGGACAACCGAUCGCUGCAAUUGUGGCCACAGAUCAUGAGCUGGCGAGGAAGGCGGCGAGCUUGGUUAAGUUGGAUUAUUCUCAAGAGAAACCGAUUGUAACGAUUAAGCAAGCUCUGGCAGCCGAGUCCUUUGUGUUCAAGCACUUUGUGAUCCAUUCCUCCCUUAACGACAACGAGACAGUAGUCAAAAACGAUUGGUCGAAAUACGAUCGAGUCGUGGAAGGAGAAAUCGAUAUGGGUGGUCAGGAGCACUUCUAUCUCGAGACCCAACAAUGUCUCGUAAUCCCACACGAGGAUGAUGAGCUCGAAAUCAUUAUCAGUAAUCAGUGCAUCAAUGAUGUUCAAAUCGAAGUGGCAAAGUGCCUUGGCAUGGCGCAGCAUAAGAUUCAGACCAAGGUGAAACGAAUCGGAGGUGGAUUCGGUGGAAAAGAAAGUACCGGAGCGAUUCUGGCUGUGCCGGCGAGUUUGGCGGCGAAGAAAUUUGGAAAACCGAUGAAGAUCAAGUUUGAGAGAUUUGAUGAUAUGGCAAUUACGGGGACACGACAUCCGUUCACUUUGCAGUAUAAGGUAAGUGUCCUCGCCGUUGACGAAAACGGGAAAUUCAUUGACUUGGACUACACCGCUCUCUCCAAUAGUGGUCACACAAUUGACUUGUCAAUGGGUGUCAUGCAACGCGCCAUGGUCCAUGCAGACAACGUUUACAAAUUCGCCAACGCUGACAUAACUGGAAAAAUGUGCAAAACGAAUCUGGCCUCAAACACUGCGUUCCGUGGAUUCGGAGGACCCCAAGGCAUGUUUGGAACCGAGAUCAUGGUAAAACACGUGGCAGAGCAAUUCGGAUUGGAUCAUGAUGAGAUUCGUGUGAAGAACUUCUAUCAGGAAGGGGACUGUACUCCAUUCGGAAUGCAUUUGAAUCAGUGUAAUGUGGCUCGGACAUGGGAGGAGUGUAGAGCGAAUUCGGAUUAUGAUAAGAGAUUGGAGCAAAUCAGAAAGUUUAAUGAAAACAACAAAUUCCGAAAGCGUGGAAUCUACUUGACCCCAACUAGAUUCGGAAUCGGUUUUGGGCUGAAGCAACUCAACCAGGCUGGAGCUCUGGUGUUGGUUUAUACCGAUGGAAGUGUUCUCGUUUCUCAUGGAGGCAUGGAAAUGGGACAAGGAUUGCAUACCAAGAUUUUGCAGAUCGCCGCUCGCUGUCUUGAGAUCCCAAUCGAGCGAGUCCACAUCCAUGACACCUCAACCGACAAAGUUCCCAAUGCAUCAGCGACCGCUGCUUCAGUUGGAAGUGAUAUGAAUGGAUUGGCAGUUCAAGACGCGUGUAGACAGAUUAUGGAACGAUUGGCACCAUUCAAAAAGUUGAAUCCCGAUGGAAAAUGGGAUGAUUGGGUGAAGGCGGCGUAUGUGGAAAGGGUGUCGUUGUCCGCUUCAGGAUUUGGAAUAAUCCACCACGAACCAGUCGACUUCUUCAAUGGAAAAGGAGCAGAACUCUUCGGUUACUCAGUCUAUGGAACUGCUUGCUGUGAAGUCGAAGUGGACUGUCUUACCGGAGACCAUCAUCUUCUCAGAACCGACAUUGUUAUGGAUGUCGGAGAGUCUCUAAACCCAGCUAUUGACAUAGGACAAAUCGAAGGAGCAUUCAUCCAAGGCUACGGACUAUUUACAAUGGAAGAGAUCAAAAUCCGACCGGAUGGAAUUCGACUAACUCGUGGACCCGGCAACUACAAGAUCCCAUCUGCAGAUGAUGCUCCAAGACAUUUCAAUGUGUCUCUACUUGGAAAUAGUAGCAAUAAGAUGGGAAUAUUCUCUUCGAAGGCUAUUGGAGAACCUCCAUUGUUCCUUGGAAGCUGUGCGUUCUUUGCGAUUCGAGAAGCAGUGAGAGCUUAUAGGAUUCAAAAUGGCAAUUCGGACUACUUCGCCUUCCACUCCCCAUCAACUCCCGAACGAAUUCGAAUGGCUUGCGAAGACUUUGUGACCUCCCACGUCCCACCACUUCCUGAAGAAGGAUCAUACACCCCAUGGACCACUUCUGUCUGA